AUGAUCAAGGCCAUCGAGGGCCGAGCGGGCGACACAACGAAGCCUACAGCAGCUGCUCAGGUCGGCGGUGGCCGACUGAAGACCAUGCUCAAUAGGCGAAGAAACAACCUCGCGGCGGUCGCCAAGGCCAACGAAGUAGAGGAGGAAGAGGAGGAAGAAGUCGAGAAGGCACCCGCGUCGGGCGCAACCACCACCACCAGCAGCGCCGGCGCGCUGGAGGAGCUGCCUACGCAGCUCGAUGUGCCGCUACUGGCGACCAGCACCCAGCUGGACGAGCUGCCCACCCAGGUGGACCACUCUCCGCGACGAUCGUCACGCGGCCGGGCCAAGACCAAGCGGGCCAAGGCCGAGGUGGUGGCGUCGCGCUCGCCCUCGCUCAGCCCCAACCCGUACCACCUGCUGCUCGACCAGGCCACGCAGUCGGACUCACCGAUGCCGCUGCUGUCCGCGUCGUCGUCGCCGCUCGCCACUCCGCCGCGUUCGCCCACGACGCCCUCGCCGCAGCACUCGUACCUCCGCCACCUGGACUCGCCCACGCAGCACGACGGCGGCGCGCCGCGGUCGCCCUGGGCUCUGUCGCCCGUGGCGCCGUCGUCACCGUCGUCGCCAGGCACCACCGGCAAGCGCAAGCGUCGGGCGGACAAGGCGAAGAAGGCAAAGGCUGCGCUCGCUUCGUCCAGCUCGACCACGACCACCGGACCGACGGCGUCGCAGUGGCGGCGCCUGAUGUCGCAGGCCACGCAAACCGACCUCAUCUCGUCGUCGCCGUCGCUGUCGCAGUCCCAGUCCCAGGGCGACUCGUCGGUGGCCUACGACGACCUCGACGCCAUGCUGGGCCAGCCCACGCAGACCGAAGACGAGGUCCGGUGCCACAUCAGCCAGAGCUCGGACCUCCUCCAUCGACCCACGCAGAGCGACGACGGAGGCCUGCUUGGCGGGGUCAGUCCCAUUCGACUCAGGUCUGGCGGCCGCGGGCGCAACUUGGGGCCGCCAUCGCCCUGCGCCUCGCCCAUGCGCAAGGGAUGGCGCGGCGACGCGGGAGGCCUCAAGCCCAAGGGGAAGGCGCUCGAGGAGGACACAUCGCUGGACACGUCGCUACUGCUGCUCGACACCUCGACGCAAGACGAUGAAGUCUAUCUCGACGACUACGUCAAGGGCGGCGCCUACGAAGAAGACGAGGAUGACGAGGAUGAAGACGAUGCCUCGAGCAGCUGGAAGGCGGCUAGCAAGAAGAACAACGCGGAGAAGAAGGAGAAGAAGGAGAAGAGGAAGGGCUUGCGCCCGGGCUCGCUCGACUCGUCGCUGAUGGGACCCACGCAGGAGGACCCGCCGUCGUCGCUGAUGCGCGCACCGACGCAGGUCGACGCGCUCAACACGUCGACACAGAUGGACCUCUCGAUGUUCGUGCUGUCGGACACUGAGGGCGAGAGCCUGGGUUCGAUACCCACCCAGGCCGACCUCCCCGCCUUUAACCUGCUGGGCAGCAGCGGCGCGGGCCUGCCGCCGACGCUGACCGACGACAACCCGACGCAGAUCGACAGCCAGCCCACGCAGCUGGACACGAGCUUGGGCGCCUCGUCGCUGGCUCGCCUCCUGGAGGAGCAGAACACGGACAAGAAACGGAAGAAGGAGAAGAAGGAGAAGACGAACAGCAACAAGAAGGCCGCCAUCCAAGAGACGCCCACGCUGGUCGAUGCGCUAGUCUACGAACCGACGCCGCCGCUUGAAUUUGAAGACGAGGAGUCGCCCGGAUUCGGGGUGGUGCCCGCCAAGUCGAAGAAGAGGAAGAUGGUGGACGAAGACGAGGGCACGAAGAGGGAGCAGGCCGCAGGCGCCAAGCGAAGAAGCCGUGGGGAGGAGCGGGGACACACCACGAGUGAGCAGGGGAAUAAGAAGACGGAGAAGCGCAGCGAGCACAGCUCCAGAAGCAGGCCCGGCGCCGGCGAUCGUCAGGAGGAAGAGGAAGAGGAGUACGGCCAGUUUGGCAAGCUGGUUUCCCUCAACCCCAAGUUCAAGAGUGUGGCCAUCCCCGAAGACGGUGACGAGAGCAACGACACGCCGUCGCUCGAGCUGUCGCCGAGCGAUGGGGCGCCAGAGUGCAGGUACGGAGUGCGUUGCUACCGCAAGAAUCCGCAGCACUUGAAGCAAUUCAAGCACCCGAGCUUCGAGGUGGUCGUGGAGGAUACGAGUACCAAUGGCACCUACAUCAACGAGGUCCUUGUCGGCAGGGGAGCCACGCAAACGCUGCAGGAAGGCCAAGAACUCUCCCUGGUGUUGGACGCGCCUUUCGAGCUGAUCGCCUACCGCUACGAACGCAAGUCAACGAGCACAUGA